ACCCAAAUUGAAAUCCUUUAUAAAUAGAUAUAUUUUAUUUUUUAUUUUCCUUUUUAAUGGGAAAUAAUUGGAAUUGUGUGAGUCAACGUUGGAGGACCGGUGGUUUUAAGCGAGCGGUCAAACAUGAAUUUCUCCGAACUGUAGAAAGAAAAUAGAAACGAUGGGUGGCGGAGAAAAAGUCAAAUGCUGCACCACCGGCGCUACACCACCGGCCACGGCGUUUUGAAUCUCUAUAUAAAUUUCUCACUCUACAUCUCUUUCUUCCUCGUCUCUCUCAUCGCCGUUCUUAUCUUCCUAUUUUCCCACUCUGCGUUCUAUAGCUUUCUCUCUCUACUCUCUCUCUCUAGAAAACUCAGAGCUUCCAUUUGCUUGAGAGAGAGAGAGAGAGAGAGAAGAAAACGCUUGUGAGAGAAAAUGGGAGCUUGCACUUCGAGGUCUCAGGUGCUGAAGGACGACGACUUCGACGCGCCGCUUCCUUCUCCGCCGAGGGAAGACACCCAGGUCAUCAAGAAGGAGGAAGCUCCGCCGGCGUCUGCGCCGGCGCCGGCUGUGGUGGUGGACGAUGAUGAAGCCAAGAGCCAAUCGCUUGGUGCUGACUUGCUUAAAGAGAAUGAAGAGAAGAGCUUAACUGAGAACAAAUCAGAGCAAGUAAAACAAGAAGAUGAAGCAGCUGCAGAAGCAGUAACUGAAAAUAAGUCGAAAGAAUCUCCGGAACCAGUUGCUGCCGAUUCAGUUGUCCAAUCACCGUCGAACGAUGUCGAAAACGAAAACGAAAACGAAAACGAAAACGAAAAAGAAAAAGAAGAAGUCGAAAAAUCAUCUGAUGAUAACAAAGCAGAAGAGAAAUCAUCCGAGACAUCAUCAGACGAACCCGAACCUAAGACAUCGGACACAUCCGAACCUGAAAAAUCCGACACAUCCGAACCUCAGGCUUCGGAGAAAUCCGAGCCUGAGGCAUCGGAGAAAUCCGAGCCUGAAGGAUUGGAGAAAACAGAGAAGGUAGAAGAAAAAACCGAGGAAAAAAAGCCAGAAGAGAAAUCCGAGCAGACUGCAACGAAAGAGGAAGCGAAAACCGAGGGAAAAAAACCAGAAGAGAAAGCCGAUCAGACUGAAGCAAAAACCGAGGAAGCGAAAACCGAGGAGAAGAAACCAUUGUUCAAAUUAUGGUUUUAAAAAUUCAUUAAAUUAAUCGAUACGAACUUAAUACUCGGCUGGACUUACUAGUCGUUAAUUAGUUUCAUUGUAUUUUUUUCGUUGUUCUGUUCUUCCGCGUUACUUUAGGGCUGUUUUUGAUCAUUCCCUUAAAAAAGAACAAUGUUAGUGGUAACGUAGUCGAACUUCCAUUUCGUCGCUCUCUUAAUUUACUCAUUUUGCAAUAGAAAUAUUUUGUU